UUUUAAUGCUAGAUCCAUUACCUUCUGUUGCAAAGAUUUUUAACCUGGUAGUUCAGGAAGAGAGGCAACAAACUAUUGGAGCUGUGGUUGCAUCUCAACCAUCGGAAUCCAUGGCGUUCAACGUUGCUUCACCGACACCCUCUACCGCUGUGGUUGGAUCUCACACCAGGCCCAGGCGUGAACGCCUCCUCUGCACACAUUGUGGGCUGCAAGGACAUACGGUGGAAAAAUGUUUCCGGCUGCAUGGUUUCCCACCAGGUUAUAGGUCUAAGCCAAUUCGGGCCCAGCAGCCGAAUAGGGUCCAGCAAGCCCAAAGCUACCUUCAAUCCAAUGCAUCUGGCCUCCGCGCGAACCAGACAUCCCUUCAGACCUAUGAGUCUCCUUUCUCUCCAGCCCCACCGACGGCGACACCUGGUUCCUCGCAGUUCACUGAACAAUGCCAACAACUCAUUGCUCUCCUCAGCUCCCAACUUCAUCUCCGCAAGCCAUCUGUCACUUCCACCGAGGAACAGCUGCCUGGACCUUCAGUCUCCAAUUUCAUCGGACCUUUCUCAGGGAUUGACGAUUGGGAAGGGUAGGCGUUGUGGGAAUCUCUAUUGUCUAGAAUUAGGUGUUCUUAAUUGUAAAUCUGUUGCUAAUUCUGGUUCAUUAGUUUCAUCUGUAAUGUCGAAAUCUGUUUUAUGGCAUUCUCGUCUGGGACACCCAUCUUUUAAUAAACUUAAUGGUUUGGCUGAUGAGUUAAAA